AUGGCGCUGUUGUCGUAUGAUUCGGCGUACAUAGCCUCUGUGGGGCGAUAUGAUAAACUGGUGAAAGUGUGGAGGAGGUUGAGCUAUGGGUCUGGGGGUGCGGGGACGGAGGAGGGCGUUGAUGGGGCGAGGUUUGAUUUUGUGUACUUACGGCAUGGGGAUGUGGUUACCAGGCUUGAGUGGAGGAGGAGGCCGAGGCAUGAGGGGCAGACGGUGGAGAAUGUGCUUUGGACGGUGGACUGCAAAGGAAGAGUAAAGCUUUGGGUUGGCGGGGAUGGGCAUGGGAUGAGGGAGCUGAGGCUUUGGGGGGGGCUGGAGUUAGGGAUGAAAAUGGGGUGGGUGGUUCAGGGGGGGGAUUUGAUGGGGGCUGUUGAGGGGGUUGUGGAACCCCGGACGCGGGACGCGGUGGAGAAGGUGGUGGAGGUCGGGAGGAGGUGUCAUGAGGUUGUGGUCGGGUUGGAUGGGAAAGGCGGGGUGAAGGUUUGGGGGUUGGAGGAUGUGGGUUGGGAACCGGGGGCACAGAAGAGAGGGGGGGUCUGGGAGAUUGUGGAGGUGAAGGGGGUGGAGGGGUUGGACUGGGGAGGGGGAGCAGGUGAACAUGUCGAGGUGCAGAGUUAUUGUGAUGGCAAGGGGCUGUUGCAGGUGCUGGUGCACUUUUUUGAUGGGAGGAUUGAGGUUUAUGAGACCGAUCUCGCGGCCUUGGUUGACCCGAACCCGAAGAGGAAGAGGCUAGAAAGGGUGGCUGUUUGGACUGGGCAUUCGGCACCGGUCAAGAAGGUGGUGAGGAAUUUCAGUGGGAGGGCGGUCGUUACGAGGACGGAGUCGGGGCAGAGCGUUGUGUGGAAACAUGAGUUGGAUCAUGGGAAGGGGGUGACGAUGUUGAGGAGACAGGUCGUCAUUCAGCAAGCGGGGCAUGUUCACCGGAUGUGCGUGUUGAGAAAGGGGAGGUUUGUGGUUUUCUUGCGGCACGAAAAGGUUGAGCUUUGGGACUGUAGGGGGGCUCAGGCGAGAUUGCUGGCCGAGCAGAGGAUUACACCCACGGCGCAUGUUGCGACGAUCACGUCGGAAAAGGAGGGUGUUGGUUGGGAGGUCAAAUUUCCGUUCUAUAGACCGAACGAUCCGACGGUCAAGGUUGCGAAUGGGCGGGGGGAGGGGGAUCAGGAGGGGUGCAUCAGGGAGUUUGUCAAGUUUACGCUUGAGGAUGCGGGGGAUUUGGGGUAUGUGUUACCUGUUGAUCCGGCCGGGGCGGAUUUCCAUGUUUCGGGGUUUUUGGAUGUGUUUGCACGGGAUGUGGCGAUUUCGUACACGCACUCGGGGAGGGUCGAGUUUUGGACUGCGAGGGUUGGGCAUGAGGGGAAGGGGGUGGAGUGGUUGUCGACGAGCUCGCUGGAGACGGGGGUUGCGAACCCGGCGCUGGUCAGCGGGAGCACGCUGAAGAAGGCGGCGUUGGUGAGUGCGGAUCGGUCGACGUUGACGAUUUGGGAUAUCAGGGGGGCGAGGCUGGAGUAUGAGCAAAAGUUUGAGAACAGUCAUACGAUUAGGGAUCUGGACUGGGCGACCACGCCGGCGAAGCAGAGUAUCUUGGCGGUUGGGUUUCCUCAUCGGGUGUUGUUGCUGAGUCAGAUGAGGUUUGAUUAUCUCAACAAGGGGCCGGCGUGGCUGCCGACGAGGGAGAUUUCGAUACGGCAGUGCACACCGCAUCCGAUUGGGGACUCGGUUUGGUUGGGGGGUGGACACUUGGUGAUUGCGGCAGGGAACCAGCUGUUUGUGCAUGAUCGGGAGUUUGAGGCUUCGACGUCGCUUGUUCCGGCAACCGGGCUGAGGAUACCGCAUCGGAAGGGCAAGGCGAGGCAGCUUGAUCUGUUUGAGGUUGUAGACCGGCUCAAUGGCCCGCUGCCGGUUUUCCACCCGCAGUUCUUGAGCAUGUGCAUCCUUGCCGGAAGGAUCUCGCUCGUUCACAAGGUCCUGCAGGCGUUGCGCAAGACGCUUCGGUUCUGGGCAGAGGGUGAUGUGGUGGAUGAUUACCUCGGCCUCGACCUGGUGGAAUUCUACGCCGGCGAUGGGUCACUGCAUAACGGCGGUGGCCACCCAAGAGAGUACCUCAACCGCCGGCAGUCGUUUGACGACGGCGACGAGCCCUUCUCGGAAGAAACAGCUGUCGACAUCAACGAGCGCCUCACCCGCAUUGGCAUCCCUCAGCUCUCGGGCCACGAACAAAUCCAACUCGUCGACAUUGUAGAAUGCGUCGGCGUAGUCGAAAAACAACGUCGCUCCCUCGACGAAAACGGAGCAAGAUUCAUGCUCGCCUUCAGGCAACACGCCCUGAGAAAGGGAAGAGCAAACGAGGUGCACAUCUCGUGGCGCGAAAUCAGCUGGGCAUACCACUCCACCAGCCAAGACGUCCUUGUCGAUUUUGUGACCAAGCAGAACCACGGCAGGAUGCUGUGGGAGGGCGCGAGAGAAAGCGGCAUGUUCAUGUGGCUUGGUGACAACGCUGCCGUGAGGCAACAGUUUGAGAUUAUUGCGAGAAACGAGUACACCAAAGGCGAGGACAAGAACCCUAUCGAUUGCAGCCUCUAUUACCUCGCCCUCAAGAAGAAGACUGUCCUCCAGGGCCUGUGGAGAAUGGCAAGCUGGAAUAAAGAACAGGCCUCGACGUCGAAGUUUCUGGCGAAUAACUUUGACGAUCCGAAGUGGCGGACUGCGGCGCUGAAGAAUGCUUACGCGUUGAUGUCAAAGCGGAGGUUUGAGUACGCGGCUGCGUUCUUCUUGUUGGCGGACCAUUUGCAUGAUGCGGUGAACGUCUGUCUUAAUCAGCUUCAUGACUUGCAGCUCGCGGUGGCGAUCACGAGGGUGUACGAGGGUGAUAAUGGGCCGGUGCUGAAGAGGCUUCUCGAAGAAGAAGUCCUAUCCACUGCAGCAAAAGAAGGAAACCGCUGGUUAGCGUCGUGGGCAUUUUGGAUGCUUGGGCGUCGUGAUAUGGCUGUGAGGGCACUUAUUACGCCAGUCUUUGCCCUCCUCUCCACCACCCCCUCCUCCCCACCCCCAGACGACGGCAACCUCAAAUCCAAAUCCUACCUCACCGACGACCCCGCCCUCGUAAUCUUGUACCGCCAGCUCCGCCAAAAGACGCUUCAAACACUCCGUGGAGCGACAAAGGUCACGCCAAAGGUGGAGUGGGAGUUUGUGCUGCAUUCUGCCGGGUUAUAUGACCGCAUGGGCUGUGACUUGCUCGGCCUUGAUUUGGUGAGAAACUGGGAGUUUUUCCACCCUGCCGCGCAGGCGAUGACGGGGUUGGGAGGGGAGAUUAACCCGUUGAGGCUGCUGAAGAGGAGGGGGAGCUUGGUUGUGGCUGAUAUUCCUAUCCGUGGGGGGCCACUGUCGCCGCUUGCGACGCCGGGGGGGCAGAUGCAGGUGCCGGGGGAGAUGAAGACUGGUGGUGGUGGUGGGACAACGGCAAAGCCGAAGCCGCCUCCGACGGUGUUUGAGGAGCCGGAUGCGAACUCCUUGUUGGACAGUUUUGGUUUUUAA